CAUACUUUUGUGUUAAACGUUACGCACGAUUUAUGCGUAUUUCACUAUGAUUAUACCAGGAAACUUCAAGACAUGUGCACAUUGUCAGAGUCCUGUACAUAAAUGAAGCUUUCAAUAUACAGUGAUCAUUUUUGUAUAUAGUCAUUUUAUAUAAAACAAUAUUUACAAGAUGAUUUUAAAAAUGUGUUUGUGUGGGAGACGUAGAAGCAGUGUAACAGUGAUUAAGUUACUUGCUCUGCUUUCUGUUUUUGUACUGUUAUAUUAUAUUCAUGGCAAGAGCAGUACAUAUCCUGCAGAUCAGAUAUCAGAUAAAAUACAUGUGGUGGAAAAGGUCGAUAACCCUGCUGAUGAGAAUGUAGUUGCUGUUGCUGGUGGUGACGAGGAUGCGGGGGCGGCACCAGUUAAACUACCUGUUCCACCCGUUGUUAGUGUUCCGAAUAAUAAAUGCGGCAUCACCGAGAUGUGCAGAAGCACAGAGAAAGUGUUUCAUCUGAUAAGUGGUGAAUCCCAAGAGAGAACGCCCACAAUAUGUCUUGAUGGCAAAUUUUUUAUAGGUGGGGAUAACCCUGAGCUCUAUGCUGGCAGAGGAAUGAACCUCAUAGUUGUUGACAAUGAUGGUGAAAUGAUUGCGUGGUUGAAAUCUCUCGGCAAUGGCGAUAUUUUGAUGGUUGCCACUUUUGAUGAUGCAGCACGUCAACUAACGGCUGAAACAAGAGAAAUUUUAAAGAAAGAUUUUGGGAGUACAAAAAUAGACGAUCUCAACUUCAGGGGAAACUGGGUAUUUAUUGGGCAGAAGGGAAUAAGUGGUUCAUCUUCCUAUGAGAACAUUGAACUGUUUAACAGUGAAGUCAGUGAAUGGGCUCUGCAAACUUCAAUCCAUGGUUGUUUAACUUUACCAGUUGGCAGAGAGCAACACAAAGUUGAUGGGUCGAUUGAUGAGUCUGUUCCAACAAGCAAGUGUGGUUUCUCUGAAUCAUGUCCUGAAGACACCAUUGCUUUCAAUGUGAUAUCUGGAUCUCAUGUUGGUAACCAGAAAGUACUACCAAGUGUCUGUAUAGAUGGGGACAUAGAUAAUCAUGCUGAGUUGUUCAAUGUUGAUAGCUUGACCAAAGAUACGUAUGAAACCUUAAUUAAUGGUUUGCUACGUAAGGGCAUAGCACUGGAUACAACAAAUGCAAAACUCUGUUUAGAUGGCAAAGGUUUAGGUUUCCAACUGCCUAAAGGCAAAGGGGAUCUCUACACUAUUUUUUAUGAACAGACAGACGAGUCUGAUCAAGAGUUAUUAAAGAAGUUGUGUAAAUGUUUUGGUCUAUUUGCAAUGGAUGAUUACACAGUCAGAGGAUUGCAUAAAGGAAUGCUUAGGUUUUUCUACAAAGACAACAAUUAUAUGUUAAUUGGCUCGUCAUCUCCAUAUAUGGCUGAAAAACCACCUUACAUUGAUGUUGUCAGUAAAAAGCUUUUAAAAUCUUAA